AUGCUGGAUAAACAAUUGAACAAUGAAACAAAUCUGAAACAUGAGCUCCAUAUCACUCAUGAAGCUCUUGGAAAAUCAAGAAAUGAAGCUUCAAAUCUGGAAAUUCAAUUAAAGCAGGCAAAAACUUUGUGCACAGAACUUGAGGCUGAGAUCUCUGGGGUUCAGGCUGAGUUUGCUGGAGUUAGGGAAUCACUGCAGAGGAGCCUUGAUGAGGCUACAGUAAGUAGUGACGUGUUUGCUAGUGAGCUUGCUGCAGCAAAAGAACUUCUGAAGAAAACAAAAGAGGAGCUGCAAGUUGUGUCUCAUGAACUAGCAUCUGUUGCAGAAAAUCGUGAUAGCCUGCAAGGGGAAUUGGUUGAUGUCUAUAAAAAAGCUGAAAGAGCUUCUAAUGAUCUGAACGAAGAAAAAGAACUAGUUUCUUCUUUAAAAAAGGAAGUUAAAACUCUGGAGAAGCAGAUUUCGAAGGACAAGGAGUCCCGGAAAUCUCUUGAAAUAGACCUGGACGAGGCUACCAAAUCACUGGAUGAGAUGAACCGAAAUGCAUUGUUACUUUCCAAAGAUUUAGAGAGGGCUAAUUCUCUAAUUUCUAACCUUGAAGAUGAGAAAGAGGUGCUUUACAAGUCUCUUACAGAGAAAAAGAAUGCAUCCAAAGAGGCCCGAGAAAACAUGGAAGAUGUCCAUAAUCUUGCCAUGAGACUUGGUGAGGAAAGGGAUAGUCUGGAGAAGAAAACAAAGAAGCUUGAAGAGGAAUUGGCAUCUGCCAAAGGCGAAAUAUUGCGGCUACGUAGUCAAAUAAAUUCGUUGAAAGAUCUUGUAAAUAAUCAGCAACUGCCUAAACGCGAGACUGAAGCACCUGUCACUGUCACUGCAAGGAAAAGUAAUCAGCAACCACCGGAAGGCAAGGCUGAAGUGCCCGUCACUGUUACUGCAAAGAAAAGCGGUAGGAGGAGAAAGGCUGCUGAAUAA